AUGGUUCAAUCAUCUAUUCUGGGUUUCCCCCGCAUGGGAAGACUCCGUGACCUCAAGAAGGCCACCGAGGCUUACUGGGCUGACAAGAUCUCCCGCGAUGAGCUCCUCGCUGAGGGCAAGCGUCUUCGUCUGGAGCACUGGAAGAUCCAGAAGGAUGCCGGUGUCGAUAUUAUUCCCAGCAACGACUUCGCCUUCUACGAUCAGGUCCUCGACCACCACCAGCUCUUCGGAACCAUCCCCGAGCGUUACACCAAGUACAACCUCAACCCUCUCGAUGAGUACUUCGCCAUGGGUCGUGGUCUCCAGAAGGAGGGCAUUGAUGUUCCCAGUCUCGAAAUGGUCAAGUGGUUCGACUCUAACUACCACUACGUGAAGCCCACUCUCCAGGACAACCAGGAGUUCAAGCUCGCUGCUGAGCCUAAGCCCGUUGCUGAGUUCCUCGAGGCCAAGGCCGCUGGCAUCAUCACCCGCCCCGUCCUCCUCGGUCCCGUCUCCUUCUUGACUCUCGGAAAGGCCGACCGUGGCCAGAGCGUUGACCCCAUCACUCUGAUUGAGAAGCUCCUUCCUCUCUACGUUGAGCUUCUGUCCAAGCUCAAGGCCGCUGGCGUUGAGGAUGUCCAGAUCGACGAGCCCGUCCUCGUCUUCGACCUUGCUGAGAAGUCCAAGGCCGCCUUCAAGCCCGUCUACGAGAAGCUCGGCUCCCUCGGUGCCGAGGCUCCCCGUAUCACCUUCGCCACCUACUUCGGUGAUAUCGUCCACAACAUCGAUGUCCUCGCCGACCUCCAGAACCUCCACUCUAUUCACGUUGACUUGGUCCGCAACCCCGAGCAGCUCGACACCGUCGUCGCCGCUCUCGGCCCUAAGCAGAUUCUCUCCGCCGGUGUUGUCGACGGACGUAACAUCUGGAAGACCAACUUCAAGGUCGCCAUUGAGAAGGUCGAGAGCGCUAUCCAGAAGCUCGGAAAGAACCGUGUCAUUGUUGCCACCUCCAGCUCCCUCCUUCACGUCCCCCACACUCUCGCCAGCGAGAAGACCCUUGAUGCUGAGGUCCGUGACUGGUUCUCCUUCGCUGUCGAGAAGGCCACCGAGGUUGUCGUGAUCGCCAAGGCUGUCACCGAGGGCCCCACCGUCCGUGAGCAGCUCGAGGCCAACGCCAAGUCUGUCCAGGCUCGUGCCUCCUCUGCCCGCACCAACGACCCCGCUGUCAAGGCCCGCCAGGCCGCUGUCACCGCUGAGAUGCACAACCGCAAGUCUGCCUUCCCUGAGCGUUACGCCGAGCAGACCAAGACCCUCAAGCUCCCUCUUUUCCCCACCACCACCAUUGGUUCCUUCCCCCAGACCAAGGAGAUCCGCAUCCAGCGUAACAAGUUCACCAAGGGUGAAAUCACUCCUGAGGAGUACGAGAAGUUCAUCGAGAAGGAGAUCCAGGAGGUCGUCAAGGUCCAGGAGGAGCUCGACCUCGAUGUCUUCGUCCACGGUGAGCCCGAGCGUAACGACAUGGUGCAGUACUUCGGUGAGCGCCUCACUGGUUACGUUUUCACCACCCACGCCUGGGUUCAGUCUUACGGCUCCCGCUGCGUGCGUCCCCCCAUUAUUGUGGGUGACAUUUCUCGUCCCGCCCCUAUGACCGUCAAGGAGUCGAAGUACGCUGCUUCCAUCUCCCCCAAGCCCAUGAAGGGUAUGCUCACUGGUCCCAUCACUUGCCUGCGGUGGUCUUUCCCCCGUGACGAUGUCCACCAGUCCGUCCAGGCUCAGCAGCUCGCUCUCGCUCUCCGCGACGAGGUUGUUGACCUUGAGGCCGCUGGCAUCGCUGUGAUCCAGGUCGACGAGCCUGCUCUCCGUGAGGGUCUUCCCCUCCGCACUGGUGAGGCUCGUGCUGCCUACCUCAAGUGGGCUGUUGACUCCUUCAAGCUCUCCACCGCUGGUGUCGCUGAUGGCACUCAGAUCCACUCUCACUUCUGUUACUCUGAGUUCCAGGACUUCUUCCACGCCAUCGCCGCUCUCGAUGCUGAUGUCCUGUCCAUUGAGAACAGCAAGUCUGAUGCCAAGCUCCUCAAGGUCUUCAUUGACGAGGCCUACCCUCGCCACAUUGGCCCCGGUGUUUACGAUAUCCACUCUCCCCGUAUCCCUACCGAGCAGGAGAUCAAGGACCGCAUCGAGGAGAUGCUGGCUUUCCUGACCCCCUCCCAGCUCUGGUUGAACCCGGAUUGUGGACUCAAGACUCGUGCCUGGCCCGAGACCAAGGCGGCCCUCACUGCGAUGGUCGACGCUGCCAAGUACUUCCGCCAGAAGUACGCGCAGUAA